UGAGUGUCUGCUUCAGAGCAAAGUUGGACGUGUUCUUGCCUCGACCCUCAUUUAUCCGCUCAAUUAACGACUAAUUGGCCUUCAAAGCUGGAGCCUGGGCGGCGCGUGGCCUUCAUCAGAACCCCGGACCGCUGGAGAACAAAAAACUGCGUUUAAAACUGUGGGAAACGACUAAAGGCAGACAUGUCGGGUUGCGAGUUUGAAAUCGACGUGGAGAGCCUGGAGGCUGAAAGCGACGACCUGCCGGAGGAUUCCUCCUCCUGCUGCAGCCGGCCGGGCUCCGCGCCGCUCGGCGCUGCCGCCUCAGAGGACGACGGGGACGGAGGGAAGAGCGACGGGAAGCCCGGCCCCAGCGGCCUGAGCUCGGGCGACCAGAGGAAGCUGAGCCGCACUCCGAAAUGCGCUCGCUGCCGCAACCACGGAGUGGUGUCCUGCCUGAAAGGCCACAAGCGUUUCUGCCGGUGGAGGGACUGCCAGUGCGCCAACUGCCUGCUGGUGGUGGAGAGGCAGCGGGUGAUGGCAGCGCAGGUAGCCCUGAGGAGGCAGCAGGCCACCGAGGAUAAGAAAGGGAUUUCUGGGAAACAAAUUCCAGCGGAGAGAAGGAUUUAUCAGCGGCACAUUCGGCCCUCUACAAUGCUAGCCAAAAGCAUCCUUGAAGGAUACCGUCCAGUACAGCCUGAGUCAUUCUUGGCAGCCAACGCCUCCCUUCCUCCACCACUGAGCGACCGAAUGAGGAAGAGGAGGGCUUUUGCCGACAAAGAGCUGGAGACCAUCAUGCUUGAGCGCGAGUACAAAGAGCGAGAGUUGAUGGAAAACAGCCAGGCGGCCCCCGGCCCGCUCCUCUUCCCCGGCGGCAUGGUCCACCAUGCCGCCGAGUACAGCUCCUACAAGACGGCCUUUUCUCCAACAGCUCAGGUCGAGCACCAGCCCAAAGAGCGCUGUGGCUUCCUCGGCUCCAGCUGUCUAGAUCUGCCAGCGCAGUAUCCCAGCAGCUCGGCCAACGUCGAGUUAAUCUCCUCCAACGUCAGCGUGGCCACCACCUACCGCCAUUACCCACUCCACCCAUCAAGAGGCAGCUUCAUGAUGUGGCCCCGUGGCGCAGCCAACCUGGGUGACGCUUUACUCUACCAGCAGUGCCUGUUUAAUGCCACAACGGUGCAAAAUAUGAAGCCAGGCGCCGUGUGGGAGCCCAAAGUGAUGCCUGCUGAGAGCCAGCCGCCGGAGCAAGAGGCCGCGGCUGCACUGGCUGCUAAACUGGAGGGAUCCCGAGCAGCUGCCCAGCAGGACUCAUUGGUCCUCCAUCGGCCAGAUCCCAAACCUCCUAGUGUCUCCCAAGCGGGGCCGAAGGAGUGCUCAGCCUUCUCUCCUCCGAAGAGGAGCUUCGGACACUCCUUCCCCAACAGCAAUCAUUCCCACAACUCAAAGCUGAGCAAGGACAAUGCUAAACUUUCCAUGAAACUCGACUCCUUCCACAACCUCAUCCAGCACUCGCUGGCUGAGAAAAGCAGCGGCGGAUCUGGGCAGGAGAUCAGAGCUCCGUACUGCAAGGAGCUCCUUGAAGAAGCUGCCCGAAAGUUCAGGGAGGGGAAUAACAAAGACAUUCAGGCUGGAAAGGCCACAGAGAGAUACGGCAAGGACUUUUCGACCAAACCUGUGGGGAACAAGAUGGCGUCUCGCGAGUCCCUUUCCUUUUCCGUGGAAGCCAUACUGAAGCGACCCACACCGGCCGUGAGCCGAGCAUUCCAUUAACUGUGAUCAGGAUCCCUUUUCUUGCACUACGAUAUGUUUUCAGGCUCAAAUGAAAAAACGCAGGCACUGCAAUACAAAGACAUAAAAAUCAAUCAGUGUGAAAUAUGUUUCUCCUUGUAAGAUAAAUGUACAGGAUAUUAUAUUUUACAUGUGCAUGUUUUAUUAAUGUUAUUGUGUAGAGUAUUUAAGCAUUAUCCAAUGUUUAUAGUUUCUAAUUUCAA